GGCUCCAGGUCCCUCCAUAAAAAAUGCACCAUGACAGAGCUCCAUGAAGCCGUGGCUUUGGGGGACUAUGACCUGGUGGAUGAGAUUUUGAGGACAGGGCGCUGCGACCCAAAUCACAAGGAUGUCGACUGGCAUGACAGGACCCCGCUGCACUGGGCUGCUGCAAAAGGGCAAUCGGAGCUGGUCAAGCUCCUCGUGGAUCACGGCGCCCGGCACUGCCUGCGGAGCGACGUGGGCUGGACUGCGGCUCACUUCGCUGCCGAGUCGGGGAGACUGGGUGUGCUUCGCACCCUUCAUUCCCUGCACGCUGCCAUGGACGCGGCCGACCUCUUUGGCGACACUCCUAAGAGGCUUGCGGAAAUCUACGGUCACCGAGACUGCUCCAGGUUCUUAGAAAUAGCAGAGGUGGAGAGCAGAAACUAUCGCAGGACAGCUGCAAUGAAAGGAAUCCCCUUAGACCAGAGAGAUGAAGACUGGGAACUCAAGAAAGAAGAGCUUGAGAGAAACCCACCGUGUUCUUGGGAGAACUACGCAUCCUCCGCUCCAAAGAAAAAUCGAAAAAAAAGGGGGAAGCAGGAGUGUGCCCUACCUAUUUCGUGCCGCCAACAACUUGCAAUGCAGAGCAAAGACACUGGCUGA